AGCGUAUCGUUUUCCAUUUUUUUCUUGGUUGCAAAAUUCCAGCCCCAUCCAUCAAGGGGUUGUGGGUUUUUUUCCUUCUCCUGCGCUGUGCAUGGGGCAAUGGGAAUCGAUCGCAGCCAACACUGCUCUUGUAAUGGCGUACAAGUGUUGUAUGUGUGUGUGUGUGUGUGUGUGUGCGUGUGUGUGUGUGUGGGCUGCGUGUGAAUACGAUAAAGAGGGCAAGGCACAUGAUGAUGAUGAUGCGAGCGAACGAGAGAACGAACCGAACCGUAGCGAAAGCGAGUGCGCCCGAAUGUAUGCAACGGUGUAUGCAGGAAAGAAACAGCAUGCGAACGAUUGUGUGUCGGUGUGUGUGUGUGUGUGCGUUGUGUGUGCUUUGCGAUGUUUGCGUCUGAAUGAGGAAGAGAGAGAGUGAGUUUGAGUAUGUGUGUGAGAAAGAAUGGAUGCGUGUGUGAAUGAGCGAGACAGAAACAGCCGUAAAAGUCAAUAUACACGGCCAUGAUGUCUAGCAUUCUUUUUUUUUUUUUUGAUGUGUUGUAUUUGUCCAUUUUGACGGGAGGCCAUAUCGUUCCGUUGUAAUAAAAUAUUAACAAUUUCCGAGAAUUGAGUUCACGGUUGUGUGGACGGGCCCGUGUGACGCGUGUAUGUGUGUGUGUGCGUAAGAGAUAGAGAGUGUGUGUGAGAGGGGGCAGCCCAGCAAGGGGUGCUGCUUAGGGGGAAAACGCAAUUUUCGUAAAAUAAAACUAUGUGUCUUACCCUCUCCCGCAGACCCCCAGUUAUCCCUCCGGCAGCCCCUGCAUUAUCAACACAACCGAUUACCCGUGCUGUCUCCUAGUGGUGUUCCAUUUUAGAGCAAUUCCUUUUCUUUGCCCCUUUGCAACAGUGGAAAAAGAUGGCUGCCACUACUAACUGAACCGUUUCCAACAACAAUCAUUUGCCACUGAACCCCUGCUUGCGGGCAGCUGCGGGAAGGGAAUUGCGUAUCUGUGUCUCUGCGCGCGUGUGUGUGUGUACCAAGAAGGCUCCAUAACUCCUGUCCCCGCGGAGACGAAGAGCCGCUUGAGGGGGAGGGAAGGAGGGAAUCCCCCCUAUCCACGUACAGUCUAGCGCUCGCCGGUCGGCUGCACCCUCCCCCACACCCACCCACGAAAAUGGCGAUCGAAUGUCCGGUCUGUACGCUGUACCUUCGGUCCGGCAUGACGCUGGCCGAACAUUUGGACACGCACCCGAAGGAGAACGUGAUCAAGGCGCUGGUGAGCAUGGUCAAGCCCGACAGUCUCCCUCCGUUCGGCGGCGAGCCGGUGGAGGAGCUGGGCACGGCGAGCGAGCCCGUUCCGGCGGAGGGUGGCAGCACCGCGGCGCUCCACGGGCAGCCGGGCCCGAGCACCAGCAGCACAAGUGCCAGCAGCAGCAACACGAUCUCAUUUCGUCCGAACGAUCGGACCUCGGCGUCCGUGGGGAUUUUUGAGGCACAGCCGUCACUGUUUCUGGACAAUGCGCUGAUAGCAACGUCGGCCACUAGUAGCAGCAGUAGCAGCAGCAGCAGCAGCAGCAGCAGCAGCAGCACUACCACCCCCGCCACUGUACAAGUCAACCUUACCUCCAGCCAGGCACCGCAGGUCACCGUGGUGAAGAAGAUCGAUGUGCACGGUGUGCCGUGCUUUCAGGUAAACAAUGUGACGCUGGUCAAGCGGGAGCUGGUACAGCCAGUCGCAGCAGCAGCGCCGGCACCACCACCCCCUCCACCACCACCACCAGCACUGCCAGCGCCGUCUGUCGCCACUGUCGGAACGGUGCCGAACGAGCUGGCGGCGAUUGGGCCACUGGGCGACGAGUACACCGAGCCGAGCGGGAGUGGCACGGCAGCCGGCGGCAGCUCGUCCCGCGUCGUCUACCCGCGGUACACGAACGAGCUGUACUCGGGCCCACCGCCCCCGUACAGUCGCGCCAUCUCGUCCACGGUGGCUUCCAGCACGCAGAUCACGCCCGUGCAGCAGCAGCAGCAGCAAACGUUGCAGCUGAGCAUCACGAAGAGCAGCGUCGGCGGGCUCGGUGUGGUGGGCCAGCAGAUUCAGCUGCUGGCGAAAAACCUGUCCGAGGCGUCGGUGUCCGCGUUCAAGCAGUACCCGGCCUCGGCAGUGCAAACCGUGUCCGUGCUGGACCGGGGCAGCCACGAGGAGCCAGCGGCAGCAACGGCGAGCGUCGCCUCGCCGUCGGCACCGGUCGGCACCCCGAAGCUGCUGUACAGUGUGGCGACAACGGCGGGCCCAAGAACGGCCGGGACUGCAAUAACGUCCACCACCACCACGACCACCGCCAACACGCCGAGCGCCAGCACCGCCCUGGUCGACCAUCUGGCAACGGGUGUCCCGACGAUCACCACCACCACCGGCGGUACCAAAACGACCGUCUCGGCGUCCCCGUCCUCGUCCAAGUCGAACGUGGUGAAGGUGCUGAGCAACGUGAAGGUGCACACCGAUCUGAAGGACUUCCAGGACAUCAUCAUGCACCUGAACGCGGGCCAGAUGUCGAUCGUCGGCGACAAAACGUCCCUGAUACCGCCAGUUACCGAGCGGCGCCCGUCGGCGUUCGCGGCGAGCACACCGGGCCGUUCCCUGCUCGCGAUAACGCCGGCGAAGAGCGAGCUCCCGGCGGAGCAGCAGCAGCAGCAGCAGCAGCAACCGCUCUGUAACACCGGCAUGCCGACGACCAAGAGCGAGGUAGAGGACUUGACCGGCGAUUACGAUCACGAGGUGGAGUACAGUGGCAGCUGGCAGGAGAUGGACGACCAUUAUGCCGACGGUGAGGUGCGCAGCCAGCAGUGGGAGGGCGAGGAAGAGGAGGGUGCGGGCGGAAGCAGCAAGCGGUUCCGUAGCGCUAGCGAGCAGCGGGAAACGCUGCCGGCGGCCGCCGCAUCGCUGGACGAGCGGAUGGCUCCGGGCGAAAUGGCAACCGGUGGUGGUGGUGUGGCCUGCUCCAGCGGCAGUGCGAUGGUCACGAGCGUCAUCCGCAAGACGCCGCAGCCCGUGCCCUGUGCCCUGUCGCCACCCGCGCCUCAGCAGGAGUCGAAAGCGAACGUGAAGCGGCUGGUGUUUCGCGUGGCCGGCAACAGUGCCACCCCGACGACGGUUACGAUAUCGCCUGCGGGGCCUUCCAGCGCGCCGAAAAUUGUGCGCGCCUGGCAGGGGAUCAAGGUGGAGGAGGACGGCACGGAGCCAGCGUCGAGCAAUGCGGACGGAAUUGGUGGUGUGGCUGAACCGGAUAGGGCAGCAAACGACGCAAGUGCAAUAAACGCAGCAGCAGCAGCAGCAGCACCGCCACCUACAGCAACAGUCAGCACGAGUCUCGAUUACGGCGCGAUCAAGCAGAGGCGAGGGGGUUUCCGGCCGCCGAAAAAGUUAGCAAUCAAACCGAAACGUACGUCGGUGGGGGAAGGCCCCGCGCCGUCCACCUCGGGGAAGCAGGGCGCACCGAUGCAGGUGGACGAGGUCGAGCCGGCGCAACCGCCCGCACCGACAACGAUGGUAAUGGCCACCGCGCUUACCACGCUGGCGGAUGUCGUGUGCACGACUGCUGCGGCCGCCCAGCACCUCACCGCGGAACCGUUUUGCUCGUCGUCGUUCAACGGCAUCACCGCCGUAAUUCAGAAGACUGAAGCAACCGCUCACGCGGGCCCGUACGCGACGGAGCAGCAACAGCAGCAGCAGCAGCCUAACAGCUCGGCCGGGGACGGGAUUGCCGACGCAUAUCAUCAUCAUCAUCAUCAUCAUCACCAGCCCCCGGACCCCGUCAUCAAGCAGGAAUACUCGCAGCCGCACGCCAUGCCAGCACCAUCGGCGUCAGCAGCAGCGGGCACACUUGCCUCCAGUUCGGCCGUGUACGGUGCGCGAUCGUCGUACGGGCUCGUGCCGACCAGCACCGGCACUGUCUCCGCUGCUAGUUCGAGCGCACCGGGCGGCGUUCGCCUAAUGCCACAGCACCGCCCAUCGACCGAGAUCGACGUCGGCGCGUACAACAUCUCGUACGUUGGCGAGGCGGGCGAAACGAUCUACCAUCCGCUGCCGAAGCGCGAUGGCAAAACGUUCGGGGCGCAGGAGUUGCUGCCGGCGGGCGGCAAUGGGCUGGCGGCUGGGGGCGAGAGCGGUGCCGAUGGUUCCACUGCCGCCCCGGCCCACCCGGACAGUCGCCGGAUGGAAGUCGAGGAGGUGGAGGAGGACGAGGAGGAGCUGGGAGAGGAGCAGAUGGAGCUGGAAGAGGACGACGAGGAUGCACCAGAGCUUGAGGAGGAGGAUGAGGAGGAAGAAGAGGACGAGGAGGAGGAGGAAGAUGAAGACGAUGAGGACGAUGAGGAGGAGGAGGAGAAGGAGCUGGAGGAGGAUUUGAUCGACGAUGAGGAAAAGGAAGCACAUGAGCACGGCGAGCUCGUACAGGAGGAGGAGGAGGAGGAAGAGGUACAGCUGGGUAGCGACGAGGAGGAGGAAGAGGAUGAUGAUGAGGAAGAGGAAGAGGAGGAAGAGGAUGAAGAGGAGGAGGAGGAGGACGAGUACGAUGAUGACGAUGUGUACGAGGUCGAGCCGCGGCCCGUCGCUGGCCGGUACGAUGCGUCCUCCCAGCCGGAGGCGCACGGCCGUCGCCGAUUGCUGAUGGUGGUCAGCAAGCCUGCGACAGCCACCGUCACUGCAUCGGAAGCGGCCGAACCGAACGGCCCGUACGAACGCCCUUUGCCGGUGGACCCGGCGGCUGAGGUUGUGGCGAGCGGCAGCUUAGUGGUGAAGCGGCUGCCGGCAGCCGUGCCCGGCACGCCGGACGACGAGAAGGAUUUGCUGGAGGCGGGACCGUCCACCCGCAUGCUCGAGCGGAGCGGCAUUCCGCGGCCAAAGUUCCGCAUCACCAAUGCCGACCCGUUCCGGCCGACGGCAGGGCUGGAACCGGUGCGGAAGACGGAGGUGGACGCGGAGCCGGAGUACGAGUGCUCCGACAGCAAGGACUUUUUGGAGCAGAGCCUGGGCAGCAACCCUGCGGUCGGCGGUUCGACCGUGGCCGCGCACGAACAGAUCCAAACGACGGGCGAGCCGCUGGUUGCGCUGAAGGCGGCCAAAGCCGAACCGUGCCACGACGGGCAGGACGACGGGCAGGACACGUCCGCAUCCUCGUUUCUUGAUCUGAGCACGGUGCGGAAGGGUGGGCUGCCGGCAGUUCCUGUUACCACGGACACGAGCAGCAGCAACAGCAGCAGCAACAGCAGCAACAGUAGCAGCAGUCACAGCACCACAAACAUCAGCCUCAGCCAGCACAGCCACAGCCAGCUGAGCCACCGUCACAGUCACAGCGCGGUGAGCGGUGGUUGCAAGGAGGGAGGCGAAGGGAGCGGCACGAGUGGCGGAACGCGCUCCCUGCUGUCGUCCGGUUCGUCGCACGCGUCCACCAGCAUGGAGCGGGCACCCUCGACCGAGAGCUUGAACAUCCGCACGGACGAAAAGAUGCCGGCGAAGGGGGAAAUUUCCGAGCAGGAAAGCAACGGCGACAUGGACAUGACGUCGUGGAACCAUCGGAUGUACGCCGUGGUCGAGAAUAUGCCCAUCUAUCCGAGCUCGUACGAUUUAUCGACCGCACAGGAGUGCUGGAAUCUGAGCAGCCGCAAUCAGGGCAUCUUUGCCGUGACGGACCAUUUCUACCACCAGCAGCAGCAGCAGCAGCAGCAGCAGCAGCAACAGCAGCAGCAACAACACAACAGUGGUAGUAAUAAUAACUCACACGGCACCACGGUCAACGGCCAGUACAUGACGUCACGCGUUGCUUUCCAAUUUUCCUCAACCGGUCAUCAAAACCUGCAGCAGCAGCAGCAGCAGCACCAGCAGCACGGUUCGGCCGAUGCGCCCUUGGAUGGCGGUAUGAUGCAGGCGAGCAAGAUCGAACCGCCGAUGGAUGUGGACAGCGAUAGCGGGGAGGUGAUGCCGAAGCUGCCGUUUGCGGACAUGAUGGUAGCGCGCAUGCACGAGCCACCGGGUGCAUACGAUGAGGUGGGCAGCAGCCACCACCAUCACCACCAGCAGCAGCAGCAGCAACAAACGCUGCACCAGCCGUGUGAAGCCAAGUACGAGGAAACGAUCGGUACGACGUCCUACUUUGGUGUUGCGACCUGCUCCGCCGUACCGGUGAUGCAGCAGCCGACGGACGAUCCCGUGCGGCCCAACCGACCGAAACCGUCCGGCAGCGGUGUCGCGCGCACCUACCGCUGUACGCUCUGCGCCAAGGUGUUCAGCUCGAUCAAGCAACGGCGGCUGCACCAGCAGUGCGAGCACGUGGACGAUCUGGUGGCACUGUCCUCGUCGCACCAGCAGGAGAUGCGCGGCGAGGAGGACAAUAAGCCGUUAAUGGAUGGCAGACAGCAACAGCAGUUGCCCCAGCAGCAGCACCAGCAGCAGCAGCAGCAGCAGCAGCAGCAACAGCAACAGGCACAGCAACAGCAGCAAAUAUACAAGAAGGCGCCGAUUCCCGUGGUGAUGAACUAUCACUGGAUGAAGCAGGAGAUAGAGCGAAAGAGUGAGGCGGCGCUGCGUAGCAGCCGGUUGCUGAUGGCGGGCAGCAGCGCUGGCAGCAGCACGACUGUCGUCCUGCCCGGCACGAGCAGCGGGGAGGCGGCACCGGGCCAGCAGCAGCAGCAGCAGCAGCUAGUGCUAGAGCAGCACGUGCAGGUGCAGGUGCAGCUGCAGACCGACGGUGGAACCGUUGCGGCGUUGAGCGCGUCCGCUGAGAGCGCGCUGCUGCCGGCGGCUCACUGCUCGGUAGCGGCACGCAACCGUUCGUACGUGUGCAGCACCUGCAGCCGGGAGUUCGACCGGUUCAACCUGUUCAACGAGCAUCUGCUGGAGCAUCCGGUGGAGUGUUCCGCGUGCGGGCGGCACUUCAAGCAGUGGCGCAACUUUUCGCUCCACAUCAAGCGGCACCUCGGCAUCAAGGAGCACCAGUGCCGGAUGUGCGGCAAGCGGUUCGUCAUCAAGCAGAAGCUGAUCGAGCAUAUGCGGGUGCACACGGGGCACGCGCCGAUCAAGUGCAAGCUGUGCAACCGAACGUUCAAGCGGUUCUCCAACCUGGCCCAGCACCGGAAGCGCUACCAUCUGAACCGCACCGUCGUGAAGGAGGAGUACGUGUGCCAGCUGUGCGGCGAGGUGUUCCACACGAUGGCCAAGAUGGAGUGGCACAAGGAGACGCACGAGAAGAAGCCAAAAUCGUGCCCGUACUGUCGGGAGAAGUUCAUACACCGCAACAGCUUGACGCGCCACAUCCGGCUGUCCCACACGGACAAGUACGCGAAGCUGGAGAACAAAACCGAACCGUGCAGCAUCUGCCAGCAGCCGUACACGAAGACGAGCAUGCGGCGCCACCUGGAGACGCACACCAAGGAGCGGAUGGCGUACGCGUGCGGCAUCUGCAACAAGCGGUUCACCACCAACUGGAACCUGAAGCAGCACAAGUGGACGCACACGAACCCGACGAUGAAACCGUUCCAGUGCACGUACUGCCCGAGCGCGUUCGUGCGCGAGUCGGACUUUGUCACGCACGUCAAUGCGCACCGGUCGAUCCGGCCGUACACGUGCAAUCACUGUGGCAGCCAGUUCAUCCGGAAGUACAACUGGAUCCGGCACACGCGCGAGCACGAGAUCGACAAGGGGCACCGGUGCGACGUGUGCGGCCGCCAGUUCCACCGGAAGUACUACCUGACCGAGCACAAGCGCAUCCACACGGGCGAGCGGCCGUUCGCGUGCAACAUCUGCGGCAAGACGUCCGCGACCAAGACGAACCACAACAAGCACGUGCGGAUACAUCACGCGCGCGACCCGCUCACGGCGGAAGGGUAAAUGCUGCGAAACGAGGGUGUGUUUUCUGUUCGCGUCUUGACACGCGGCGUAUUUAGCGCAGGCGCAUUUUCGUGACUUUGUAUAUCCGUACCGGGAAACGACAUUUAUGCAUUGUAACGCAGCUUUCUAACGUAGUCUACACUUUGCGGAGUAACGUUUCGAUUAGGACGUUAGGAUAAUCUUUUUUUUUUUUUUUU